AUGGAGCUUGACAGGUGCCUGGAGCGGCUUUAUGCUGGAGAAUUGCUGCCAGAGGCUACUAUUCGCGCGUUGUGCUUCAAACUCAAGGAGAAGUUGGUCCGAGAAUCCAAUGUAGUGCACAUAUCAACGCCAGUGACGGUAGUUGGGGACAUACAUGGGCAGUUCCACGAUCUCUUAGAAAUCUUUCACAUUGGAGGUGCGGCUCCGGACACUAAUUAUUUGUUUUUAGGAGAUUACGUGGAUCGCGGGUUGUACAGCGUGGAGACAUGGACUUUGUUAAUGGUGCUCAAACUGCGGUGGCCGAGCCGGAUUCAGCUGCUUCGCGGAAACCACGAAUCUCGACAGAUCACACAAAGCUAUGGGUUCUAUACAGAGUGUGUGAACAAGUACGGAGGCAGUAGCGACGUCUGGAGGCAGUUUACGGAUGUGUUCGAUUACCUAGCGUUGUGCUGCGUUGUCGACGACGAACUGUUUUGUGUGCAUGGCGGGCUGUCGCCAAAUGUACAGACGGUAGACCAAAUCCGCGUAAUUGACCGAUUCCGUGAGAUUCCACACGACGGAGCUAUGGCAGAUUUAGUGUGGUCGGACCCAGAGGAGACUGGAGGACAGGAUGCCAGAGAUGGACGUACUACAGGCUUGGAAUCUAGUUCCCCGCACUUCCAAGUUUCACCCCGUGGUGCAGGCUAUACAUUCGGUCGCAGUGUAGUGGAGAAGUUUUUACAACUCAACGGGAUGUCUAAGAUCUACCGUGCACACCAAUUAUGUAACGAGGGCUACCAAGUUUACUUUGGAGGCCUAGUUACUACUGUGUGGUCGGCUCCAAACUACUGCUAUCGAUGCGGAAAUAAGGCUUCAAUUCUGGAAUUAUACGACAAAGACAACGGGUACUUCAACGUUUUUGAAGAGGCGCCCGAAAACAAGUUACUUCAUCAUGCGUCCACAUCGGGGCAAAUAACCAACAACAAUGCAUUUUUAAACGAGUUUUUUGACGAGCGUGGCGGAGAUGUGUUCUCCGAUGAAUACCAAGCUGCAUCAGCAUCUCGGCGGCAUGUCGAGUAUUUUCUGUAG